AACUCGCCAGUUCUAUGCAUCAUCCUCUCACGGCAGGAAGUCGAAGAAUACCGACCGGAACACACCUGGAACAGAGAGAACAGUUGAAGAGACAAUCGUUGACAAAGAUGAUGUUUCCCUGGCUAAAAUUACUGGCUCUAUGCUCCCUCCUCGCGAUGGCUCAGUCUUUGCCAACGAAUAUGGCAGACGACGCGAAAAAGACUGAACAAACGAUGAGACCAAAACCUAAACGAGCACAGGAGAUGCUGAUGUUUGGCAACCAACAGAAUCGCCAGGCGGAGAGCAACCCUAGCGCGUCUUAUUCGUCGAAUGCAGAAAAGAGAACUUUAGCUGCAUCAGGAUUAGGUGGACUAAAAGCAGUUCUCGCCGAAGAAGAGAAAUCACCACGCUCUAACAUACCCAAUAACCCCAUCUACGAUCGCGAUUCUUAUUCUCCAUACGACAAGAACUACGACUACGGCAAGGUUCUGGUUAACGCACUAGGUGACGAGAUGCCCCAGGUAUGGGACUUUCCUCCAGACUCCCGCUACUACUUGAAUGAAUAUCGUCGAAAGAGGUCAGAGAAGUCUGCGAUCACUGGAUCGACAACCGUGAAACCGUCGACAACUUCAUACCAGUCUCCAACAUCCACUCAGCAGUCGGUACAGGCGCAAGUGAAGAGAAGCGUUCCCAUUUAUCAAGAGCCGCGAUUCAAGAGGGAAUUGGACAUCGAUCCGGAGGACGUGCUAACGCUUCUCUCUUUAUGGGAAAACGAACGUCGUAAGAGAAACUGGCACAAGUAUAUGAACGAGGAAUACGAUAACGUGGAAGAUGAGGACAAUCUUCUUGAAGAUGAGGAUCCACGAAAUAUUAUUCCAUGGAUGGAUUCCGCAGUGUAUCCCCCUCGUCACUACAGCAUAGACUCCUUGUCACCAUCAGACAUAGGAAUUGUACGUACCCAUCCAUCCAGCUAUUACGAACAAUACGAAAACCAGUACGGGCAACAAUACGACGGCUCCUCUCAAUACGGCAGCCCGCAAUACGGCCUGGUUUAUCCUCAGCAGACUUACUACAAAACUCCAGAGAAGAGGUCUAUGGUCACCAGAAAACGCUCUCAAUCGUACGAUCCUUACUCCGGCGUAACACAGUUCCAAAUAAACCCUCAAUCACGAAGCUACCCUUAUCAGCAUCGUCUAGUCUAUUAAAUUUACCACUCCAACUCGAUGUACAACAGACUCACGCGAAACAAUCGAGAACGUAUUGGAAGAAAGAAAAAGAUCCUACUAAUCUAACACGAGAAAAGAGGGUAACGAACUGACGUUUUCGGACUCACGUAUACGCAAAAAAAACUACAAAUUUCACGCUUUCUUGGCGAACGUUCCCUCUCUGACGUCCUCUUCUUUUUCGGCUAUUCUGUCUUUUUUGUCAGACACAGCAAUACGUGCUCAAGAAGCGAACAAAGAAAGACUACUUUUACUCUAAGAAAUACGGUGCUCAGAAAGACUAUUCAC